UUAUGCUUCAACUGACCCUUUGGUGAGUCAGAAAGGAGGGGAGAAGGUGGGACAGAGAGACAAGUUGCUGCAUGAGUAAGGAUAUAAAACCCUGAGACAAGAGGAUGCUCCUCUCUCAAACCCGCUGCCAUCUCAGUGGUGGAAAUGUUGGAGUUGGGGUGGGUCGACUUUGAGGUGACAUUGACGCUAUGUAGAUGAGAGGGAAAAAAUCCAAUGCGCUCCAUGUUACGUCCCUGCUCGCUUCAAGUCAGUCGGCGGCAGCUCCGUUCCCCGUUUUCUCUCCCUUCCUCUCUUUCAGCACCACUCCUUUAAGGACAGCACCUCGCUUUCCGAGACGCACUUGGUCACCAUCUUCCCCUCCCUCGAGGAUCAGGUUCCUGCUCCCUGUCGCCGGAUUUAAAAAAAAAAGUUUUCACCUUGGUUUUACUCUCAGCAGUUAAAAGGAAAUAACKUUGUCUCCCCCUAAUUUGGAUCCUCAACGUGCUGGGAACUGUCAAAUCAGCUGAUUUCAUCAGUUGUCCGCUGAAGUGACCCUGAUUCUGCUCCUGCUUCUUCACGCGCUCCGGCUGUUCUCUCAGCUCCUCUCUGGUUGAAACGGGACGGACAAGCUGCGAUCUGCCUGGACCGGUGCUGAAACCACCACUUCUCCACUGGUCAGGACUAUCCGACACAGAGCGUCACCAUGGCUACAAACGGGACCAAAGCCUCGGACGGACAUGUCCAAACGGAGACGGUGAAUGACGCAGCCAGCACGCCAAAUGACAAACCCAAAACGUUGGUGGUGAAGGUGCAGAAGACGAAAAAGGACAUACCCGAGAGGGAAACGUGGGUUGGGAAAUUUGACUUUCUUCUGUCUUGUGUGGGAUACGCAAUCGGACUCGGAAAUGUCUGGAGAUUUCCUUAUUUAUGUGGCAAGAACGGCGGAGGGGCCUUCUUGAUUCCCUACUUUUUGACGCUGGUAUUUGCUGGCAUGCCUCUGUUCUUUCUGGAGACGGCUCUUGGUCAGUACACCUCCAUUGGAGGACUUGGAGUGUGGAAACUGGCUCCAAUUUUCAAAGGUGUGGGUCUAGCUGCAGCUGUUCUGUCCUUUUGGCUCAAUAUCUACUAUAUUGUAAUCAUUUGCUGGGCUAUUUACUAUCUAUACAACUCCUUCACUGCUGAGCUGCCAUGGCAAACUUGUGGCAAUGCCUGGAACACAGACCGCUGCUACACCAACUACAGCAUCACAGACACCACAAACCUCACCAGUGCUGUGGUAGAGUUCUGGGAGCGUAACAUGCAUCAGCUCACGGACGGUCUGGAGAAGCCCGGGGAGGUCAGGAUCCCACUGGCUAUCACGCUCGCCAUUGCAUGGGUGCUCGUCUAUUUCUGCAUCUGGAAGGGGGUCAGCUGGACUGGCAAAGUGGUGUACUUCUCUGCAACGUAUCCUUACUUCAUGCUGUUCAUCCUGUUCUGCCGUGGCAUCACUCUGCCUGGAGCGUUUGAUGGAAUUCUCUUCUACAUCACUCCAGACUUUGACAAGCUGAAGGAAUCUGAGGUGUGGCUCGACGCUGCCACUCAGAUCUUCUUCUCUUAUGGACUGGGAUUAGGCUCUCUGAUUGCACUUGGCAGCUACAAUCCCUUCAAUAACAACGUCUACAGAGAUUCUAUCAUCGUCUGCUGCAUCAACUCCUUUACCAGUAUGUUUGCCGGCUUUGUCAUCUUUUCCAUUGUGGGAUUCAUGGCUUACGUAACAAAGAGACCAAUUGCUGAUGUGGCAGCCUCAGGACCAGGCCUUGCAUUUCUGGCAUACCCUGAGGCCGUCACCCAGCUGCCUAUCUCUCCUCUGUGGGCAAUUCUGUUUUUCUCCAUGCUGCUGAUGCUGGGAAUCGACAGCCAGUUCUGCACUGUGGAAGGCUUCAUCACUGCACUGGUUGACGAAUUUCCUCGGGUUCUCAGAAAGCGUCGAGAGAUCUUCAUCGCUAUCGUCUGCCUUGUUUCUUACAUAAUUGGCUUGUCCAACAUCACACAGGGUGGACUGUAUGUGUUUAAGCUAUUCGACUACUACUCAGCAAGUGGAAUGUCUCUGCUUUUCCUUGUUUUCUUUGAGUGCAUCUCAAUUUCAUGGUUCUAUGGUGUGAACAAAUUCUAUGACAACAUUGAGGAGAUGAUUGGUUACAGACCAUGUUUGUGGUGGAAGGCCUGUUGGGUGGUUUUUACUCCCCUCAUUGUGGCUGGAGUGUUUUUGUUCAGUGCAGUGCAGAUGGUCCCGCUCACCAUGGGCGAUUAUGUGUUCCCAGGCUGGGGUCAGGGGGUCGGCUGGUGCAUGGCCCUUUCCUCCAUGAUUCUGAUCCCUGGCUACAUGGGCUAUAUGUUCCUCACGCUCAAAGGCACAUACAAGGAGCGUCUGCGGAUGAUGUUCAAACCCGUGGCCCUGGUGAAGUCUCAAGAAAAUGGUCCGGAUCAGCAGCCAGAAAACCAGAGUCAGAACCCAGUCAACGAGGAGGCCUACAUCUAAAUUCAAAGUUCUGCCUGUUUCUGGGUUUCGACGGCAAGACCGGCACUCCGUCGUAAUCAAGGUUGGGAACGACCACUAGACUUCUAUGUCUGCUUUUAUUCACCUACCUCCUGGGGACACGUGAAACCAACCUGAUUACAGUUAUUGUUAGGGGGUUUUCUGUUUUGUUUAUUUUUAUAAAGCAGAGUUAAAAAAUGUGUGAAGGAACAUACAAAUUACCCAGCAAAGUUGUUGUGACAUUAUAAAUUUUAUUAUGCAAAAAAAAAGGAAAAAAAAGAACUUUAGUUGUCUUGGAAAAGCAAACGUGACUUAUAGAAAUCUAUUGUAUAUUAAAUGUGUACAAUUUAAAUCAGGAGGCUCAUGCAGAAUCAAUGUAAUUCCUCCAAGAUAUUAACAGUAUACUAAACUUCAGACUACUGUACAAAAAAAUAUAAAUACAAGAUGUAUUUUGUUUUGUACAUUAAAUAAGUACAAUGAAAUAAAUGCUGUGUCAGGAGGAAAAACAGAUGUUUAAAUUUAAGAAAGAAGAUUUAUUAUCAACAAAUAUGAAGCCAAGACUAUAUGGGAAUGUGCAACAGAUAAGGCCAAAUAACUUCUAUGUAAAAGAUUUAUCUUAGAGUAUCAGUCCCUUACAGAGUCCUGCACACCACCAGUAAUGUUUACCACCCACGUUGGGAACAUUUAAAAAGCACAACAUGGAAUUUCUUCUUUUUGACAUGACUGAAACCUGUGACAACAGCAAAAAUAACUCAGAAAGAAAAAAAAUAUAUAAUAACUUAGCAAGAGACUGUUAUAACUGUUUUCUUUUACUUGUUCAUUUAGUUUUGUUUUCUAAAGAGCAAUUCAUUUUUGUGGAGUCUGAAUCUUUUUUACAGUCAUUUGUAGGUGAUUUUCUAUGUGUGAACAUGAGAAGGACCAAAUCACGCUUUAGCUCGAAGAGUUUGUGCAGAAGUUUGACCUGCUAACUAAAUGCAGAUUUAGAAAAAAAUAAAAUAAAACAAAUGAAAAGAAAAGAAAAAAGCACCCCUUUUUGAUGAAGUAGAGCAAUAAUUUAGGGGAAAACAACACAACAUCAGCCUACAAGCACACUUGUUUACUCUGUGAACAAAUCUCAUAUUUCCAUUGGCAAUCAAAUGGGAAAUGUUAUUAGGGAAAGAAAUACGUGGUUGCAAAUAUUCAAUUUAUUUUAUACACAGUGAAUAAGCUGCUGUCCUACAUUGGAGGUAAAAAGAAUUCUAACCACACUUCUUUACUUAUAUACCUGUUCAAUAACACACUCCUCAGGAACAAAGGUAGAUGUGACCAAAUUGUUCAAAAUAUCACCCUGAUUCAUUUAAAUAAUAAGAACUGUUUUUGGAAUUUCUAUCAUCCCCCUUAUAAAUUAAACAUGCAGCAAAAGUCUUAGCAUAAAUGUGCACAAAGCGGCAUUAAAAGCUGAUCCAAAUUGUUGCUUCUUGCUGUUGUAUCAUCUAUUUGUGGCCUUUUAAGGAUAGAAGCUAUCAUGUGUUUGAACUCUAUAGCAAGUGCAAAUAUAUAUUAUGAAACUUGGAGUGAGAAACUUUGGUUCAGUCAGAAAUUAAAGUUGGCAAAGCAGCAUAAACAACAUAACAUAGUCAAACACUUUACAGGUUAACGCCACUGAAAUGUCCCCCUUUGGUACAAUAAAUUGAUAGGACCCUGAUUAUGUAAAAAACACAACACUGUAUAAUAGAAUUACACAUGGAUUAUAUAAUUAUGCUAGGUCCAAGACAAACCACAGAUAGUACAACAUCGAAGGGUCAAAACAAAAUGCUUCAGUGGCAGCUACAUGCAUAGGAAUCAGGUUGAAUCAGUCCASUUUUCUCUUUCCUCUUUCAAAGAURUGUGAAAUAAAAUGUGCAAUGACAAAAGCGUUCCAUGAAUUUUGUAUAAAGUUACCAUACUGCCGUUUCUCUCUUGAAUGAUGUUGUAAACUGGAUUGUGUAAUACAUGUAUCUGUGAAUGUCCGUACACGCCGAGUUUAUUUUUCUUUUUAUUACGUCAAAAUGUUGAAUGAAAAAUGUGAUAUUUGCUGUUUUCUGCAAUAAUACUAUCUCAGAAACUAAGUCACAUAUCUCUCUUUGCUGAAAAAAAUAUACAAUAAUAAUAUAUUAGAGUAAUAAUAUUAAAGAAUAUAUGAAAUAAUUUAUUAGAAAUGUCUAGUCAGAGAAUAUUGUUUUGUAUAUUUUUAGCUGUUACAUGGGCCUAAUGUAAAAUAUUCUAUGUAAAAAUAUAAUAAAUGUCUUUAGAUGGUGUUAUUUGAAAAAGCAUGAUUGCUAUAUAUGUAUUGCAAAAAUAAAGAUCUAUAGAUUAUAAUGUCA